AUGGCCGACGAUGCCCCUGCCGCUGCCCCAGCUCCCGCGGCGGAAGCGUCGGAAGACGCCAUCAAGCCGGCACCAGCACCGUGGCACUGCAAGUGCACGUCGUACAUGAUCUCGUUCUGGACGAGCGGCGCCACGGCGGCGAGCCUGCCGGCCAAGGCGUUCUCGCCCCUGGAGCGCGCCUCGGCGUUUGCGUCGCCCGAGCAGUCGGGCAGGGCCGUCGGCGGGCUGAGUAUGGUGCAGCUGGUCCGCUACACCGACACGCCCGUCGGGCCCUACGACGAGCUGAUCCUGGCGCCGGGCGCGUUCGAGUAUUCCGCCAGCGACGAUGCGGCGAUGCCGGGGAAUAAGAAUAAGAAGAGGAAGAAGACGGCCAAGGCGAUGCGCAUCACGCGCAUCUACGUCAGCCAGAAAGAGACGUGCUGGAACGGGCGCACGCUAUGGAACCUCCCCAAACACCUAGCCCGGUUCGAAUGGAGCACGACGUCCUCCGGCGCGACGCACGUCGCCGUCUACCCACACGACACCAGCACCCCCUACAACUCGCGCGAGGCGGCGCCCAGCAACGAGCCCUUCUUCCAGUGCAGCAUCAAGACCAUCCCCUUCAUACCAUCCUUCCCGCUCUCAACACGGGUACUAGACAAACUGCCCGGCGUCAGCACGGUGCUCGUGCAGCCGCCGCUGCCGGGCAACGCCGACGCCGCGCACGGCGAGCUGCCCGGGACUAAGCUCUGGUGCCGCCUCGGCGACUACGCGCAGUACUCGCGCACGACGAGCCUCGCGUGGGCCGACGUGCGGCAGCCGGCGAGGGAGGCGAAGGAUAGUGCGGGCGAAGAAGGAGAAGAGGAGGAGGAGGAGGAGGAGGAAUAUUUUGAGAACUUCUUCCCCGGCCUGAGGAGGUGGAAUCUCGCGCUCAAGAUGGCUGACGGGGAGCUCUUUUUCCCGGCCGGGGACACGUGGGAGGCGCCCAAGGAUCUGUCGUGA